AUGGAAGAGUUCAGCGACCUGAGCCCCCAGGAGCUGGCGGCCCCCGUCAACACUGUGGAGGACAAAUGGAAGCUGCUGCCGGCCUUUCUGAAGGUGAAAGGCUUAGUAAAGCAACACAUUGAUUCCUUUAAUUAUUUCAUCAAUGUUGAGAUAAAGAAAAUAAUGAAAGCCAACGAAAAGAUCACCAGCGACGCAGACCCUAUGUGGUAUCUGAAAUAUUUGAAUAUUUAUGUUGGAAUGCCAGAUGUAGAAGAAAGCUUUAACGUCACUCGCCCUGUGUCUCCUCAUGAGUGUCGUCUCAGAGACAUGACCUACUCUGCUCCCAUAACGGUGGACAUAGAAUACACCCGCGGGAGUCAGAGGGUGAUCCGCAACGCUCUGCCCAUCGGGAGGAUGCCCAUCAUGUUGAGAAGUUCCAACUGUGUUCUGUCGGGAAAGACCCCCAUGGAGUUCUCCAAGCUGAACGAGUGUCCUCUGGACCCAGGUGGAUACUUUAUUGUGAAGGGUCAAGAAAAAGUCAUUCUGAUCCAGGAGCAGUUGUCCAAGAAUCGCAUCAUUGUGGAGCAGGACAGGAAAGGAGCAGUGGGAGCCUCUGUCACCAGUUCAACUCAUGAGAAGAAAAGCAGAACUAAUAUGAUCGUAAAACAAGGACGUUUCUACCUCAGACACAACACUCUCUCAGAGGACGCUCCCAUCGCCAUCAUCUUCAAGGGCAUGGGAGUGGAGAGUGACCAGGAGAUCGUGCAGAUGAUUGGGACGGAGGAGCACGUCAUGUCCAGCUUCGCCCCGAGUCUCGAGGAGUGUCAGAAAGCUCAGAUCUUCACCCAGACCCAGGCGCUACGAUAUCUGGGAAACAAAGUGCGGCGACAGAGAAUGUGGGGAGGUCCCAAGAAAACCAAGAUGGAGGAGGCACGAGAACUACUGGCCUCUCUGAUCCUCACACACGUGCCGGUGAAAGAGUUUAACUUCAGAGCUAAGUGCAUCUAUCUGGCCGUGAUGGUGCGGAGGGUGAUCCUGGCUCAGGGAGACAACAAAGUGGACGACAGAGACUACUACGGGAACAAGCGUCUGGAGCUGGCGGGACAGCUGCUGUCGCUGCUGUUUGAAGAUCUGUUUAAGAAAUUUAACUCCGAGCUGAAGAAGAUCGCCGACCAGAUCAUCCCCAAACAGAGAGCGGCGCAGUUCGAUAUCGUCAAACACAUGAGACAGGACCAGAUUACCAACGGAAUGGUCAACGCCAUCUCCACGGGAAACUGGUCUCUGAAGAGGUUUAAGAUGGACCGUCAGGGAGUGACGCAGGUUCUGUCUCGUCUGUCGUUCAUCUCUGCUCUGGGGAUGAUGACCAGGAUCUCGUCUCAGUUCGAGAAAACCAGGAAGGUCAGCGGCCCUCGCUCUCUGCAGCCGUCACAGUGGGGAAUGCUGUGCCCUUCGGACACUCCUGAGGGAGAGGCUUGUGGUUUAGUGAAGAACUUAGCGUUGAUGACACACAUCACCACAGACAUGGAGGACGCUCCCAUCAUCAAACUGGCCUUUAACCUCGGGGUGGAGGACGUCAACCUGCUUUGUGGAGAGGAGCUGUCCUACCCCAGCGUCUUCCUGGUCUUCCUCAACGGUAACAUCCUGGGAGUGAUCCAGGACCACAGGAAGCUGGUCAGCACCUUCAGGUUAAUGCGCAGAGCGGGAUUCAUCAACGAGUUUGUUUCUAUCUCCACCAACCGCACCGACCGCUGCGUCUACAUCUCCUCUGACGGGGGCCGCCUCUGCAGACCUUACAUCAUUGUCAAGAAAGGACAACCCAUGGUCAAGGACAAGCACAUGGAAGAUCUGUCUCAGGGCUACAGAACGUUUGAAGACUUCCUCCACGAGGGGUUGGUGGAGUACUUGGAUGUGAACGAGGAGAACGACUGUCAGGUGGCGGUGUAUGAACACAUGAUUUACAAGGACACCACACACUUGGAGAUCGAACCCUUCACUUUACUUGGAGUCUGCGCUGGUCUCAUCCCUUACCCUCACCACAACCAGUCUCCCAGAAACACGUACCAGUGUGCCAUGGGGAAACAGGCCAUGGGAACGAUCGGCUACAACCAGAGGAACCGCAUCGACACCCUGAUGUACCUGCUGGCCUACCCCAUGAGACCCAUGGUUAAAACCAAAACCAUCGAACUGAUCGACUUUGAGAAGCUGCCCGCCGGUCAGAACGCCACGGUGGCUGUGAUGAGCUACAGCGGCUACGACAUAGAGGAUGCUCUGGUCCUCAACAAGGCCUCGCUGGACCGAGGGUUUGGCCGCUGUCUCGUCUACAAAAACACCAAGUGCACUCUCAGACGUUACACAAACCAAACCUUCGACAAAGUCAUGGGGCCGAUGCUCGACGCCACAACUCGCAAACCCAUCUGGAAACACAACAUCCUGGAUGCUGACGGGAUCUGCUCCCCGGGUGAGAAGGUGGAGAACAAACAGACGUUGGUGAAUAAGUCGAUGCCCACAGUCACACAGACACCACUGGAGGGCGCCACUCAGCCUGGACAGCCCCAGUACAGAGACGUCCCCAUCAGUUAUAAAGGAUCCACAGACUCGUACAUAGAGAAAGUGAUGAUCUCGUCCAACGCUGAGGAUGCUUUUCUCAUAAAGAUCCUCCUUCGUCAAACCAGACGCCCAGAGAUCGGAGACAAGUUCAGCAGCAGACAUGGACAGAAAGGUGUGUGUGGCCUCAUCGUACCGCAGGAGGACAUGCCGUUCUGUGACACAGGGAUCUGUCCCGACAUCAUCAUGAACCCUCACGGAUACCCGUCCAGGAUGACGGUGGGCAAACUGAUAGAACUGUUGGCUGGAAAGGCGGGGGUCCUGGACGGCCGCUUCCACUACGGCACGGCGUUCGGCGGAAGUAAAGUGAAGGACGUGUGCGAGGAUCUGAUUCGCUAUGGAUACAACUAUCAGGGCAAGGACUACGUCACAUCUGGGAUCACAGGGGAGCCACUUGAAGCCUACAUUUACUUUGGACCGAUCUAUUACCAGAAACUGAAACACAUGGUUCUGGACAAGAUGCACGCCAGAGCCCGGGGCCCGAGGGCCGUCCUCACCAGGCAGCCCACCGAGGGCCGCUCCAGAGACGGGGGUCUGCGUCUGGGGGAGAUGGAGAGAGACUGUUUGAUCGGGUACGGAGCCAGUAUGUUACUGUUGGAGAGACUCAUGAUCUCCAGCGACGCCUUCGAGGUCGACGUCUGCGGACAGUGUGGCCUUCUGGGAUACUCCGGCUGGUGUCACUACUGCUCGUCCUCGUGCCACGUCUCGACCCUGAGGAUCCCCUACGCCUGUAAACUCCUGUUUCAGGAGCUGCAGUCCAUGAACAUCAUCCCACGCCUCAAACUGUCGCGAUACAACGAGUGA